AUGGCCGCCAGACUUCUCGAAAAUCUCCCAGAAACACCAAUUCAGACUCGAACGACGAUUCCGGAGGAGAUCGAAGUUAAAAUGGGCGCGCCCCAGGUGGACAAAGGCCGUCAAGAUUGUACAAUUUGGAUCUUUGUCGCCGUUUAUGGAGUACUGUUCUUGGAUUGGAAUACCCAGGGGAACCCGGAAAACCCCCCAUUUCAAGGGGUUCGAAACUGGUUCUUUGGCUUGACCGGCUCGAUAUGGUCCAGGGAUCAAGUGCAACGAAGAUCUGCUUCAGGAAACGAAAGCGCGAAGGAUGCAUCCCCCGCUACUAAGUCUACAAGCUGA